AUGGCACUUGGCCAAAUGGUUUGGCCCAUAUUUCCUUGGGUCAUGUUAGCAUUGUUGUUUGCGCCACCGUUCACACUAGGCCAGACAUUGAAUGAACGAGGAAAUUUCAUUCCAAAUUUAGUCGGUGAUUUGCGCAUGGAAGAAAUUAUGCGUCAAAUCAAUCGCUUCAAGCGAGCAACGAAAAAUUUCCCGAACUAUCAGCAAUCGAGUGUCGUUCUAGCAAUGAACGACACUGGCCGAUGUGUGGUCAGUGCUGACAAAGCUAGUCAUUACUGCGGAGACAUAGAAGUGACAGCGCCACCAUUUCCACCUCCUGACGCUGGUCAGUGUCAUUUUUCGACCGAAAGCGGUCGUGAGAUCUGUUGGCCACGAUAUGAGGAUUUGGAUACAACUUGUACCGAUGUGGGAAGUGGUAUGGUUUCGGCACCCGCUAUCAAACAUGCCGCUAUUCGUGCUAUGGCAUUUGUACCGCCCGACAAUCUCCGCCGUCUUGUGCGACAAUAUUACCGGCAAAAAAAUUUACCUAUUCCACAGAAUACAACAUUUAGCAAGAAUUCAUUUUUAUUUGCAUUGUAUGAAUGCGAUGACGGGUAUGAAUUUGUGGAUGAAGUGAACUCAAUGUUUUGUAUCAAUCGUCAAUGGGUUAUAACACCACCAAAAUGUCGUGGAAAAGGUUUAUGUGAAGUGGACAAUGGUGGAUGCAGCCAUUCUUGUCUGUCAAUUGAAGAUCGAGAAGUGGAAUGUCGUUGUCCACAUGGAUUAGUUCUUGAUAGCGAUCAGAAAACUUGCAUCAAACCUAUCCCAAAGAAUCUGUGUCGCAUUCUUAACAGCUGUUCAUGCACGGCUAUUAAUGAGAAUCAAUAUUCGUGUACCUGUCCAACAGGCGAAAAAUGCUUGCUACUUCGUGGCCGGCCAAAGAUUUACAUCGAACCAGCAGCACCAUAUGAAAUAACGCCAGGUGGAAAUUUAAACAUUACGUGUUCUGCAGUUUCAUAUCCAUUUCCGCAAAUAUUCUGGCAACGUGGUGAUGAGACAGUCGAUGUCGCACCAGUAAAACCGGGAACUGUUCGAAGUGAACAAAUUUUAAUCAUCAAAGAGCUCUAUAAAAACACUCAAUUCACUUGUCAUGCCAAUAAUUCAUUGGGUAAAACGGAUCGUACAAUUGAAAUUGUUGUCACCGGUCCGGGAUCAGCACCAAUAGUUCGCGGUAUUGAUGCUGGCCGUUCAUCAGUUUAUAUCCGAUGGGAUCCACCGGUAAUUAUGAAUCGACCGGUUACUUCAUAUACAGUUUAUUACACCAGUAAUGGCAAUCAACCAAUCAAAAAUUGGAAGAAAGUAAACGUUGAUGAACCAAAUCGUGAGGUAACGAUCAAGGAUCUUCGGCCAAAUACGCAAUAUUUCAUUCGCUUACGAGCAAACGAUAAACUAGGCCCAGGACGUCUCUCAAAUCCAGUUUCACUUAACACACGUAAACCAGCAAUACGACCGCAAAUAUUCAUUCAAGAAGGUGACAAGAUAUACGUCGGUCCAUUGCAACGAUUCCGCAUCAAUUGUAAUGUAACACGUGGAGACCCGUCACCAAAAAUAGCGUGGUAUACGAGGGCACGGCCAAUCAAUAAACCGCAGAGAAAAAAAUUUAUAACAAUGGAACAUGGCGGUCUUUAUGAAAGUACAAAUUUCUCAUGUGUUGCUGAAAAUGAAGCUGGUCGAACAACGAAAAGAAUACAAGUUAUUGUAACUGGGCCAACAUCUCCGGAACGGAUACGCUAUCAAAUUAACGGUAACAAUGUUGAUUUGCAAUGGGAACCACCGCGUAUCACAAACGGACCAUUGAAAGAUUAUGAUGUAUUAUAUACAGAUAAUCCGAAUUUAUCAGAUGAAUAUUGGGAAGUUGAAAAAGCUGGAAGUGCAGAUGCGCGUUCUCUAAGAAUAUCAAAUUUGAAAGAGAAAAAAGAUUACACAUUCAAAAUGCGAGCAUAUAAUGAAUUGGGUCCCGGUCUUUUCAGUGAUCAAUUUACUUUAACAACUUGGCUUGCUGCUCGUCCGCCAGUUGUAACAAUUACACCCGCUGAGAAGAUAGUGAAAGAUCCAAGUAAUGAGGAACUCGUUUUUGAAUGUGAAGCAGUCGGUGUACCACGACCAAAAAUACUCUGGCUAUGGAGUGGUGGCCUAGUUGAAGACGGAAAGAAUGAAUUUCGCAUUUAUGAUGUGACACCACCAGAUGCGCAGGAAAUACGAUCUAACAGUAAGCUAAUUGCUGAGAAGACAAAUCGAGCUGGAGUAGCCACAUGUCAAGCUGUCAACGCUUAUGGUUCGGACGAAAAACGUACUGAGGUGAAGAUUGUUGGACCUGGAAGUCCACCACGUGAUAUUGUAAUAAUUCCAUUUACAAACAAUUUUAAAGUUACUUGGAAUCCACCAAAAUAUCCGAAUGGGAAGAUUACGCGUUAUAUUAUUUACUAUACAAAAAAUCCAGACGAUGCACUGGGAAAUUGGGAAAAGACGAGUGUUGAAGGUGAUCAGCUUGAAGUAACCAUACCGGCAGAUGAGGACACACCAUAUAAUGUCCGAGUACAAGCUGCCACUAAGGAUGGUCUUGGUCUCAUAUCGGAAGCUUAUGAUGUUACUACUGGCAAAAAACCAGUUCCGCUUUCUGUAAAACUGAUCAUAUUGGAUCCCGAAGUAAAGGAAACUGAUACAGAGACAGUCGUAGAGCCAUUACAGACAAUUAAGUUUAAAUGUGAUUCGAAAGGGAGGCCAGCACCUCAAAUUUCAUACAGUUGGCUACCGUUCAAUGAAACCGAAAGUGGACAGGAACCAAUACCAAUUCCGGCUUAUUCAGAUCCAGAAGAAGUCCAUCGGUACCAUUCGUUGGAUGUCAACACUAAUACAGUUACUAAGCGUGCGCUAAUGUGUACUGCUCGAAAUGCUGAUGGUUCUGUGAGCGAUCGGCAUAUUUUCAAUGUUUUAAAACCGGGUAGUCCACCAGAAAAUAUUCAAGCAAUCAUUGAUCCAGAUAAUCGUGUCACAAUAUCCUGGCAAGAACCAAAAUAUCCUAAUGGACCUAUUAUAAAAUAUAAAGUAUAUGUGACAUCUGAUCCGGCCGAACCGAUCAGCGAUUGGCGCAUUUAUGACGCUGAACCGAGUGAAGCACCGCACUUGGUAAUGGAACGUGGUCAAUUACAGCCGGAAACUCCGUAUUAUGUAAGGGUUGCAGCAGUCGGUGAAGAGGGUGAUGGUUUACAGUCUGAUAUUGUUCUAUUCGAAACAGUCAGUGGAGCACCAAUCGACGCACCAAAAGAUGUAUUAGCAACAGUGGAGCAAGACAACACCAUGGAUAUAUCUUGGACAGGGCCAAGUGUUCCUAAUGGUCAAAUUCAGGCAAUUUAUUUCACUCCAUUGGACGAACAACAAACAUCAGAUGAUGCCUACAAACAGUGGGAUAAAAUUAUCAUUCAAAGUAACGAUAAUUCUGGAACUUUACGGUUGAAUAAAGAAGCCCACGAUAUUUUGCCCAAUCAGUUGUAUCGAAUUCGAAUUUCUGCAACUAACGAUCUAUCGGAAGGUCCAGCAAGUGAACCCAUAACUGUCAGAACUGAAAGUGGAGAAACAUCUCCGGUAAUACGUCUGGAACCGAGUGAUAAUCCAGCUACUGUACCACCGCAUGGUUCAGUAUCAGUGCGAUGCAUCGCAAUAGGAAUACCACCACCUACCGUAAUGUGGAUUAUUGGUACAAAUGCUAGUGACAUCAUACGUGGAUCAAUUCUUCAAUUAAGCGAUUUGCGGAAAGAUGAAACUGCAACUUGUAAAGCUGAAAAUAAUGCCGGGCAAGUUCAAGAAGUGUUACAAAUACUUGUAGCCGGACCUGGAACUCCACCCAAUGAAAUUGUAACUUUCCCGCUAGAAAAUCAAGAAGCAAACAUAGAGUGGACGACACCAGAUAGUCCGAAUGGGAAAAUAACUGAUUACAUUAUUCAUUACGGGGAAGUUUUUAAUGGAGAAGCUCUUCCACGUACGUGGGAAACUAUACGAGUAUCAGCUGAUGAACCACAAAAGUAUCGUCUUGCUGGAUUAAAACCAAAAACUAAUUACGCAAUUCGAUUGCAAGCGAUCAGUGAUCGUGGACCGGGUGUUUUAUCUGACCCAAUCAGACUAACAACGCUACCAUUAGCUCCUGCUGUUGUCCAACCAGCUGAUAUAAUGGUUCAUGACAAUAAUACUGUUGCUAUCCAAUUCGAUGCACCGAAAGAUCCCGGAGAUCCAGAAAAACCCAUUAAGGAGUUUGUUGUCCAUUACACGGAGGAUGAUCCAGCGAGUGAAGAUGCGCAAUGGAAAGAAAUGUUCUGGACAGAACCGGAUGAUGAUUUUUCAGUUAACAUUCCGAUCGGCGGUGAACAUUUCAAGCCUGACACCAAAUAUUCAAUCAAAGUAACAGCUCGUGGUGAAAUCGAUAGCCCACCGUCAGAACCGAUUGUCUUUCAGACUGGAGAUGGAAUUAUACCACCGGAGAAGCCAGAAAUCAAUGCUGACGUACCAGACAACGUGAUACAUGUACCACCUGGUAGCGAUUAUACAGUUGGUUGUUCAUCAAGCGGUUUCCCUCCACCGAAAGUUUUUUGGAUCGAUGAGGAUGGGCAGCCUCUUAGCGAUGGAAGAAUGCUAAGGUUGCAAGAUGUGAAAGAGACCAUAAAAGCAAAAUGUGUAGCGGAAAAUGAUGGUGGUCGUGCUGAAACUCCUUUUGAAAUUUUCGUUACUGGUCCGGGAAAUGCACCCAGCAAUAUUCGGUUGAAUUCGAUAAAACCGCGUACAAUUAAUAUUUAUUGGGAUCCACCAACGAUACCCAAUGGAAAUAUCACUCGUUAUAUUAUUUAUUACACUCCAUUAGAUGAUCAAAACAUAAUUUAUCAAAUGGGACAAAUUCCAAAGAAGCCAAUAACCGAAUGGAUGACCUCUCAUAAAGAGAGUGAACCAUUGAUUGGGGCGCCACAAAAAGUUGAUCUAACAGAUUUUAUUGAACCGGAUACCGCUUAUGCCGUGGUACUACAAGCUGUCAAUCAGGAUGGACCCGGACCAUAUUCCGAACAACAUACUAUCCGCACAAUGUCACGCGCUCGAGAGGGUCCACCACUUGACCUAAGAGUUGAACCAGAAAGUCAACGAUCAGCAAAUGUUGAAUGGCAUAAACCAAUUACUAGUGAACAACUACCAAUUGGCUAUGAAUUGUAUUACAUUAAAGCAGAUGCUAAAAUCUGGGAAGAUGAUUUAGCGAGCAUCGAUGAUUGGAGUGUGAUAUCAAUAACGGAAAAAGAUGAAGAUAAGCUGUACUACAAGAUUGAUGGAUUACUUGAACCGGAUACAGAAUAUGUAUUCCGGAUUCGCGCUGUUUAUCCAGAUGGGCCAGGAGUAUUUUCCGAUGCUUGUAUCACCAAAACACUUCCAGACGGUAACGCUCCGUAUAUUCUCAUUUCAAACGGUGACCAUGGUGUGGAAGGUGAAACGGAAAUAAAGAUUCUUCCAGGAUCAGCACUUGAUCUAUCAUGUAAUGCAACAGGACAGCCUCGUCCAUCAGUUAAAUGGAUCCGCUCCGGAUACUAUCCCAUUGAUCCUGCUUGGGUGAAAGCAGACGAGAAAUAUGCCAUAUGGUUUCUGAAAGUAUCAAAUAUUACCGAAGAUACAUCAUUCAACUGCGUUGCACAAAGUCCGCUCGGUUUUGCCAAUUGGACAAUCAGUGUUCGUCUUGUCCCAGAUCUUCAACCAACUUGGAAAAAUGAUUUUUUGAUUGCGAAGAAUGAAGAUGGUGAGGCGGUGAUACACUUUACGGAUGACUUACCAGAUUAUCUUAAAGGACCUCACAAUCCUUGGAAUAUCUAUUGGACUGAUAACCCGUCAAAACCUUUUGAAACUUGGAAUUUAAUUCCAUCUGAUGGUCGUCCCUUAGACCAUGUAGCUAUACCAGAAAUGGAAUCAGGUGCUAAAUAUCAUUUAGUAAUCGAGCAACCAUCUGCUGGAAUCAAAACACCAGUCUUCGAUAUAAUGACUCCAAAGCCAGCUAGCGAUAUACGUGUUGGAACUGAUAUCAAUGGUGAAACAGUGCUUGAUUUUAAGCCAGCACUUGUUACAGAACCGAUUAAGAAAUACAUUAUCAAAUACUGGCCGGAUAAUAAUCCAUCAGCGGUAAUGUAUAUGGAAACACCUGCUAAUGUUACUGAUAAGAUUGUGUUAGAUGGCUUACAACCUGAUACUGAGUAUAAUUUUAUGGUUAUUGCAAAAUUCGACGACGGCAAUAAUCUUGCAAGUGAACCAUCUAAAAUACAUACACCUUCCGGAGAUAUUCAAUGCCAUUGUGCGCAUGCCUGCAUGUUUGAAGAGGAUGAAGAAGGAGUGAUAACAGCAUCGUGCUAUUGUCAUAAUGGUUUCAAACUUGCUGAUGAUAAGAAAUCAUGCGAACCUAUUGAAGAUGAAGAGGCUGGCAUUGUUCAAGUUACCCCACCAACAUUUAUUCCUGAAUCCGAGCAUCCAAAGGAGCUGUCUACCAUGCCAACCGGUAUUUUGCCACAAGUUGUUGGUUUUGAUGGUGAACCUUUACCUACCAAUGAAUAUGGGCAAGCAGUGGAUAAUCUCGGAAAUCCAAUCGUGUGGGAUAAUGAAGGCCGACCGAUAGGCCCAAAUGGCAUUCCUUUACGUCGUAACUAUAAAGGAGAAUACAUAUAUCCCGUUAUUGGAAAAGAUGGACAACUGUUACCUACUGAUAUUAAUAUGAGACCAAUUUAUCCCCUUAUUGGACCAGAUAAUCAGCCGUUCCAGAAAAAUCAGCAAGGUCUGUAUGUCGAUCAGCGCGGCCAAAUUUUUGCAACAGAUACUGCCGGGCGUCCAGUAAGUGUUGAUGGUUCACCCUAUCCAACUGAUGAACAGGGUCGGUAUAUAAUUUUAGAUUCGGAAACCGUCGUUCAACAAGCUGUGCCAACAGAUGAACUUGGACGUAUUAUUUAUCCAAUUUUCAAUCCGGAAGGAUUAUUACUAACAACAAUGGAGGAUGGUCGAUUUGCUAACGAAUAUGGGGAACUCAUUCCAACCAAUGAUGUCGGACUGCCGGUUGAUGAGAAGGGUGAAGUGCUACCGAAGGAUUCUGAUGGGAAUUUUAUUUAUGUAGGCAAUUAUGUCUUGCCGACAGAUUCUGAUGGACAACCUGUGAAAGUACAAUACGAUGGAAGACUUCUCAAGAGCGAUAAAAUGGGGCAUAUCAUUGGUCCUGACGGACAAUUGGUGCUGGUAAAUAACGAGGGGCAUCCAGUCGAUGAAUCUAAUAUUGUACUUCCGACCACUUCCGAUGGUAUAUUUAUACUACCAAUGACUGAAGGAAGGAAGGGAGUGAAACGACCGCUUAACAUCAUCGGACCUGACGGUUAUUUGCUACCGACCAUGGAAGACGGCACUGUUUUAGAUCUUUUAGGAAAGACUAUACCCACGAAUAACAUUGGAGAACCAGUCAAUUAUCGUAACGAACCGCUACCAACUAAUAGUGAGGGACAAGCUAUCUAUCCGAAGGAUGGUUUGGAUUGUCCACUACCACCAACUGAUCAACAUGGAAGACCGGUUUAUUCAGUGGUUGGACCAGAUGGCAGGUUACUUCCUCGAAAACAUGAUGGAACUGUAGUUGAUCCGGACGGUAACUUGCUUCCAACUAAUGCAGCUGGAGUACCUGUCGAUAGAAAAGGACGGCCACUACCCAGUGAUAGAAAUGGUUCUAUUAUUUACCCCGCCAGAGGAAUCGAUACUGAACCUCUCCCAACAGAUUCUAAUGGGAAACCGAUUUAUCCAGUAAUCGGGCUUGAUGGAAAUUUAUUACCGACAAAUCAGGAUGGAAGAGUGGUUGAUGAGAAUGGAAGGCCUCUGCCAACAAAUGCCGCUGGUGUUCCAGUCAAUGAGCGUGGAGAACCACUGCCAUUCGAUGAGAACGGUUUAGUCAGAUAUCCCGCUGUAACAGAAGGACCGAGAAGACCUGAAUACAUUAUUAUCGGAACAGAUGGAGAACCGUUAUCACGAAAUGAAGAUGGAUUGAUUAUUGGUCCAGAUAAUAGACCGGUGCCAACCGAUGCUUCUGGAUAUCCAGUGGAUCAUCGUGGAAGACCCUUUCCCCGUGAUCGAAACGGAAAUAUCAUUUAUCCUGCCAAUGAUCUAGAUAUUGAACCUAUGCCAACUGACCGAAAUGGCAGACCGGUGUAUUUGGUGAUCGGACCGGAUGGCCAGUUGCUUCCGAAAGAUAGUAAUGGUGCGGUAACCGAUAUUAAUGGACGACCCAUUCCGACGAAUGCUGCAGGCAUUCCGCUUGACCAUCAUGGAAAACCACUCCCUAUUGAUCGUAAUGGUUAUGUUUUCUACUCAAAAGAAAGUUAUCCGUCUGAAAGAACUGAUGCACCAUUUUACACUAUUUUGGGGCCUGACGGAUCUCCAUUGCAGCGGAAUACUGAUGGAGCAAUUGUGAAUCCGUAUGGAAGGCUGAUUCCAACAGAUUCCCAUGGAUAUCCUAUUGACAGUCAUGGAAGACCUUUACCGCGGGAUCACUUGGGUAAUUUCAUAUAUCCAGUGGAAGAAAUGGAUAUAGAACCCACGCCAACUGACAAAAGCGGACGACCAGUAUAUUCAAUAAUUGGUCCGAAUGGUGAAGUGCUACCAAGAGGUCGUAGUGGAGACAUGUUGGACCCAUAUGGCAGACCGAUUCCAACAAAUGCUGCUGGUGUUCCGGUGAACAAUCGUGGAGAACCACUGCCUACAGAUAGAAGCGGAAAUAUAAUCUAUCCAGCUGGUGGAUUGGAUGUCCCAUUACCUCCAACUGAUAGUUAUGGACGACCUAUUUAUGAUGUUAUUGGCCCUGAUGUGAACAAUCGCGGAGAACCACUGCCUACAGAUAGAAGCGGAAAUGUAAUCUAUCCAGCUGGUGGAUUGGAUGUCCCAUUACCUCCGACUGAUAGUUAUGGACGACCUAUUUAUGAUGUUAUUGGCCCUGAUGGUGAACCUUUGCCGAGAGGUCCUGAUGGAAUAAUUUUGGACAAGCAAGGAAAACCAAUUCCAACAAAUGCUGCUGGUAUUCCGGUUGAUCGAUAUGGACAGCGACUGCAACAAACCGAUACUGGUGGGUUUGUUUAUCCAUUGGAGGAAGUUGAUGGUCAUUUCCUGCCAGCUGAAGUCGGAAAACAAGUUUAUCCGAUCAUUGGUCCAGAUGGAAAGUUUUUACAUCAGGAUGGCGACGGUAAUGUUGUUGAUCCCUCCGGACAUCCGAUUCCUACAAAUGAAUAUGGUAUCCCGGUGGAUAGUAGAGGACGUCCUUUGCCACGUGAUAAAGCGGGAGUUUUUAUAUUUCCGGCAGGUGGUCUGAAUGUUGAACCGAUGCCUACAGAUAAAGUUGGAAGGCCAAUUUAUUCAGUUAUGGGUCACGAUAUGGUACCGUUACCAACGAAUGAGGACGGUCGUCCUAUUGAUAAAAAUGGCAAACCGAUACCAACAAAUGCUGCUGGUGUACCCGUGGAUAACGAUGGUAAACCAUUGGCAAUUGAUGCUGAGAGAAACCUUCAUUAUCUUGCAGAUGGUAUACCAGCAACAGGUGGAAGAAUAGUUAUAGGACCUGAUGGAGCACCUUUGCCGACCAGUAGUGAUGGUUCAAUAUUUGGACCUGAUGGAAAACUUUUGCUGACAGACGAGAAUGGAUGGCCGCUGGAUAAAGAUGGAAAACCUAUGCCGACAGAUAUUUACAAUAACAUUAUAUAUCCAGUACAAUUACCUGAUGGUUCAGUACUACCAACUGAUUCACAUGGCAGACCAAUUUAUCCUGUAAUUGGACCAAACGGAGAAUUAUUACCAACUACGGAGGGUGGAUUCGUCAUCGGAUUGGAUGGCAUUCCAGUACCAACAAACGCUGCUGGGAAACCUGUUGGACCGGAUGCGUCAAUGCUUCCUACUGAUGAAAUGGGUCGAGUUAUAUAUUUACCGCCUGAGAAACCGUUAUCGACAUUUGCAACGAAUGAAUACGGUCAUAUCGUCUAUCCGAUUGUGGAUACAUAUGGUAAACUUUUAGAUAAAGAUGAUAGUGGAGCUCACAUUACCAAAAAUGGUAUCCCAGUGGAACUCAAUGAGAAUCAUCUUCCCAUUGAUCCUGAUGGUAACGUUUUGCCAACAGAUUCAAAAGGGAAUUACAUUUUUCCGGAUGUGGAUAUUAUGGGAAGAAUACUACCUACGGAUAAAAUCGGUCGAGCUUUAUAUCCUGUAAUUGGUCCAGAUGGUCAUCUUCUUGCUACAGAUUCAAGUGGUGCCGUUAUUGGGCCAGAUGGUGAACCACUGCCAACAAAUAGGCUUGGAAAACCAAUAGGACCAAACGGUAAACAGCUUCCAACAGAUGAUGAAAGACGCUUUAUUUAUAUUGGAACGAAAAAGGUUGUUGAUGAAGAAGGUAGACCAUUACCGACUGAUGAACUUGGUCGAUACUUGUUAGCACCCAAUCAUCCUCUCCAACCAGAUAAUGCUGGUAGAUUGAUCGGGCCAGAUGGUCAACCACUUUCUACUGAUGAUUCUGGUAACUACGUGUAUCGAGGUAAAAUAAAAUAUCCGAGCGAAGUGGAAGAUGAUUUCGGACGUCCACUACCAACCAAUGAAGACGGUUUCUAUGUGGGAAAAGAUGGUUUAAUAAUUACAACAGAAUCAACAGGGAUGACGAUGGAUGGACAAAGUGUUGUACUACCUACCGACGAACGCGGUACUUUCACAAUAGCAAAAGUUCCGACAGUAAGAAAAUCAUAUCAGAUUUUAGAUGAAAAAAAUCAAAUACUACCAACGGACGAAACCGGUAAUUUCUUGAAUCCUGAAGGAUAUCCGAUUGCUGAAAAUGAAGAAGGGAAACCUGUUUCUGCAGAUGGAAUAGUGUUACCUACCACUGCUAUAGGUCAUUACAUUUUUGAUACUACACAGCACAAGUCUACGCUGUUAACGGAAAAAGAAAAAUUGAAAAUAGAUAUGAAAGGAAAACUUUUACCAACAAAUCAAAGUGACAUUGUUAUUGGUCCCGAUUUUUAUCCAUUACCAACUGACGAGGACGGCCAACUGAUCAGCGAAGAAACACGUGAAAAAGUCCAAUUUCCAGAACCUGAUGAUGGCGUCCUGCCAACAGACGAAUAUGGCAGAUACAUAAAGCCAGAUGGCGGACCAUAUCCGACGGACCGAGAACAUCGUCCAAUUUAUCCGGUUAUCGGAUAUGAUGGCGAACUUCUGGCAACAAACGAUGAAGGACUGGCACUUGAUCCUAAAGGGCAUCCGAUUCCAACUAACAGUGUUGGACGACCACUGGAUGAAAAUGGUGUAAUAUUACCAAUGGAUUCUCAAGGAAAUGUUGUUUAUGGAAGGAAAAAUUGUAACACACAUAUGGGUGUUAUGGAUAUUGCAGUAGUAAUUAAUGUAGAUGCUCUGAACCAUGACAAUUUUGAGCAUAUAAAGAAAGUAAUUCAGAAUCUUGUGGAUGAAUACUUUGACCUUGCACCGGAUGUAACACAAUUUGCUCUGGUAAAAUAUAGUGGAACUGCUGAGGUACCAAUUACAUUGGGCGGUUAUAACGAGAAAACGGAGCUAUUGGAGGAGUUAAGCCAAGUUAGAAUUGAUAUCAAAGAGCAUCCCAGGCUGAUUAUUGGAAUCAAUGCUGCCAAACAACAAUUUGUGUCGUUCGGUCGUGAGAAUGCUGGCAAGUUGAUGAUAGUAAUAACUGAUGGACGAGAUAUAUAUCCGGAGGAUCGUUUUAAAGACAAUAUCAUUCCAAUGCUUGUUAUUGGCAGUAGAGAAUUUGAAGAAGAAAUUAGAGACUGGACUAAAUCAUACAUUUUGGUAGAUUCCUGGGAAGAACUUCAUGCUAAUUCUAUUGCUAAAACGAUUGAAAAGGAGUGUUUGCUUGGAAGGAUUUUCAUCCCAAUAAAUAAAGUAUCUCCAAGGCCAAAAUCUGAAAGAUUCCAGAAAUUCGUCAGUUUACCACUACCGACCGAUGAACUUAGUAAUAUCGUAGUAGUACCAACUAGAGAACAAAUUUUCUUGGCUACCGAUAAAUACGGUCAUGUCAUAUAUCCUGCAAAAGAUUCUAGUGGUAGAUUGCUUCCCGUAAAUGAAAAUGGUUUAGCGAUGAAUAAGCUUGGACGGAUAAUUAAAUUUGACGAUUACGGUAAACCAAUUAGUCCAGAAAGGAGGCCAUUGCCGACAGAUGAAUCUGGAGCUACUCUUCAUCAGGAUCUUGAUACCAAUGGUGUGCAUUUAUCUACUGAUGAUAAAAAAGAAUGGAAUGCAGUCGAUAUUGAUGGGAAACCGUUGCCAACUAAUCGAAAUGAUGUAUCCAUAGACAUGAAUAAAGAACCGAUUGCCGCGAAUUUGGCUGGACGACAUAGUGACUCCCAAGAAUCCUUGCCCUAUUCACUGAAACGUGAUGAUAACAUCAUUAUGGCAAAGAGGACAGAAAAAACGACAGAUGCAACAGAUUCUGUUCAGCCGUUUUUAUAUCCAGUUAUCGAUCCAGAUAAUAUUUUAUCACCAAUGGACGUUUCAGAUAUUUACGUAAAUAGUGUUGGACGGGCGAUUGGACGUGAUGAUAGUGAAAAACCUCUAGGGCCUGAUGAAGAACCGCUGCCAACCAAUGGCGCAGGAGGAUUCGUUUAUCCAAAAAAUAGCCAUAGUGUAGACCAAGGUGAUAAACCAAUUGGUGCCAAAGUAGAACUAGAUCAGAUACCAAAAGAGCAAAAAGUAACUGCGGUUGACUUGUUCGGAAGACUCUUACCUACCAACAAAUAUGGCAAUAUGGCAAUAUAUGCAGAUGUUAGUGCAGUACCUACAGAUACUUCAAAACAACUCGUUGAUCGAGAUGGUUCGUUGAUGCCGAUUGAUCAUCAUGGACGAUAUGUAUCUGAUUACAUGCCAGAUGGAACUGCUUUACAGGAAUCGAAACUUUUGGCAGAAGUCUCAGCAUGUGAUAAAGUUGAAGAAUCUGUAAAUAUCAUUUUUAUAGUGGAAUCUUCAAAUGCUACAGGAGCAAACCUUAAUAAAAUCAAACUUUCGUUGUUAGAUUUUAUCAAAAAGAACAUUAAUUGGAGCAUUGCUAAAGUUGGCAUGAUUUCCUAUGGAAGUACAGUGGAUAUUAAUCUGGAUAUUGGAAAUUAUCAGAGCUACAACGACUUGAAAGAAUCCAUUCUCAGUUUACCAUUUAUUGGUGGUGCAGCAUCAAGUGAUGAACAUGCAUUCAGAACUGCCCUUCAACUCUUCCGUGAAAAAUAUGACAAUGAGAAUGAAGAAUUAAUCGUACAUAUUUUCACAACUCCACUCAGCAAAGAUGCGCAAAUAGUUGCUAAUUACUUGAAAAUGAACAAAACUAUUUCAAUCCUAUCACUUGAGUCAAGUCAAUGGCACCGAUUGGAGAAUGAUAAAGAAAUCAAGAAAUUACGAAGCGAUAUGUGCUUAAUGUUGAUGAAAAGUCAUCUGGCACAAAUUAGAAAGCCUAAUGGUGAAUUGAAAGAUAACAUGAAAGUUGACUUGUUAAGAGAUGAAAAUGGUCACUUGAUGCAUUCGUUUGUUGAUCAAAAUGGACAGCUACAUGUUAUUGAUAGUUCUGGCACCCCGACCGAUUCAUUUGAUAAUGAUGGCAUCUCAAUCGGUGCAGAUAGCAGAUACUUAUCAAAAGACGAUCAAGAUCGCUAUUUAUAUCCUGCACUUCGAAUUCAGGAUAUUCCAUCACCAACAGAUGCAAACAAUCGGCCAAUAUAUCCGGUUAGGGGAUCUGAUGGCCAACUUUUACCAACGGACAGAAUCGGAAGAGUCACCGACAAUUCUGGACAAUUGAUACCAAUCAAUGAAAGUGGAAAACUGCUUGGAGUAAAUGGAUCAGCGUUUCCAACCGACACUAAUGGAUGGUUCCUGUUGGCUGAAAAAGAAAUAGCGAGAGUAUUAUCAGAAAAUAUUGUUGGUAAUGAUCAUGCAGUUUAUCCGAUUAUUGGUCUAAAUGGAAAUCCUUUACCAAAUGAUAGUUCUGGCACCAACCACGGCGGUUACGAUAAUCCAGGAAUAUUUGAUAAUUCCGAAAAACCAUUGCUAACUGAUGAAAAUGGCGCAUUCGUUGAUCCUAGUGGAAAAGUGAUUCCGACGGAUAAAUAUGGAAGAGUAAUUGGUACUAAUGGUAUAGCACUCGCGACUAAUUCUAGCGGCGAAUUCUUAUUAGGAGUAACUAAAAAAAUUUUAUCAGAAAAUCAUAUCAACAGUCUCGAAGUCGACGAAAGCUUAUUACCGACUGAUGAGUCAGGAACAUUGGUUCCGACGGAUGACCAGGGAUUUCACAUUUAUCCGAAGCACGAAUCAGACAGAAUGCUGCUAUCAGCAGAUUCUGAAAUGAAAUUACCGGCAAAAGCGAUGGAAGGUCGAUCACUAUCUACUGACGUAGUAUCUGAUGAUGAGAAUGGUCGUGCCACAUAUUCAUUUUUAAAUUCAUAUGGCGAACUUCUUUCAACAGAUAGUACUGGACGAUCUGUUGAGAGAUUAUAUUUAGAUAGUCGACUGAUUCCAACUGAUCGAUUUGGAAGACCAUUGCAUGCCAAUGGAUUGCCUUUAUCAGUUGAUGGACAAGAAGUUAUGGGAGUUUUACCAAUCAACGGAAAAGUGGAUAGUGGUAAUCGGCAUAUUUAUCCAACAUCUGCAUUGAAAAAUAAAUAUCGACCAACUGAUAGUAGAAAGCUUACUUAUCAAAUAUUUGGUGAGAAUGGUAAGAUUCUUCCAGCAGAUGAAACUGGUGCAUAUAUCAAUGCGGAUGGUGAACCAGUACCAACUAAUUCUUACGGCGAACCAUUGAAUAGCGAAAGAAGUUCAGUUCUUGCAACUGAUACCAGUGGACGUUAUCAUAUUUCAAAGAAAAAAUUGACCGAGGAUGAUCAUAGGAACGACAUGUGGAAUAUGAAAACAAGAACAAGAUAUCAUUCAUUAACAUCAUCCGGAAUUGGCACUUGGACCACUCCAUCAUCAUAUUGCGUGGUCAGUUCAAAUGUUGACAUGAUACUCAUCUUGGAUUCAUCGAGCAGCAUCAGGGUUAUUGAUCAUAGGAUUAUGAAGGAUUUCAUCAAGAAUUUCUUAGUUAAUUAUUUCAACCUACAGCGCAAUUAUGUUCGUGUUGGUGUGGUGAAAUAUGGUGAUAAGGUCGAAAUUCCGAUAUCACUGGGUGACUACAAUAGUAAGACUGAGCUUCUAUCGAGAAUUAGUGAGACUAGGCGUAUGCGUGGUGAAGCUAAUCUUGGUCAAGCUUUGCUUGAUACUGCUGGAGAAUUCCUUAUUUUCGGAUCCAAAGAUAUUCCUCGAAUUGUAAUUAUAUUUUCAAAUGGACGGUUCAGGGGUGACUUGAAAGAGAAUGCUCGUCUUCUACGAGAUGAUGCAAAAGCUCAUAUAUUCUUGGUUGAUGUUGGAAAUGAAGGUGACAAUGCACAAAAUUUGGCAAUUGUUGGUGAAUCAAAUCCACAUCGAAUUAUUGCCAUCGAUAAAUGGAAUGAUGUAAAUUCAACAAUUCUGCAUCCAUUUGUGGAUGAGUUGUGCAAGUUAUUGCCACAAAAACAGGAUAAAACAAGUAGAGAUGGUACUUGGCCAACAAGACAAACCGAAAUACGAGCUGCAACUCCUGCACGCAUUUGCAACCGAGUUGAUUUUCAGGCAGAUAUAAUAUUUGUCUUGGAUUCCUCCGAUAAAGUAACAUCAGAAGAAUACGCUAAUUUGAAAGAAGAUAUCAGUAUGUUGAUUGAUGAAACGUUCAAUUUAUCACACGAUAAUGUUCGCGUUGGUCUCAUCGAAUAUAGUGAUAAGGCAUCAGUUCCUGUACCACUUGGCUAUUACGAUCACAAAAUCCAACUUUUGGCAGAUAUAUCAAAUAGUGAAAAACUUGGUGGUGUGCCGAUUAUUUUACGAGGUCUUCGUGCUGCUAGAGAACAAUUCCAGCAACACGGUCGGAAUGGUGUCUCAAGAAUUCUAAUAUUAGUAACAAGUGGUGCUAAUCGUGGUAAUGUAGCUUUCGCAGCAGAUGAUCUUCGUGAAUAUCUGAAUGUAAGCAUUUUUGUGUUGGUUGUAAAUGUAACUCAAAGGGCGCAAACGAUGCUAAAUCGUUUGGUUGGUGAUGAAUACACGCAGCAACGAAUAAUAUCAAUUCCAAGUGUAACUAAAUUACACGAAUUAGAAUUGCUACAAAUUGGACAAGCACUGUGUGGUAGCAUUGAUAUCGCAGCUGCUACCAUUCGAGAAACUCCACAUCGAACAACGAAACGUGAUGUUAAGUAUGCUGAGACAAAGCGCAAAACUUUAUCAAUUAGGAAAGACAAAAUAUCCCAUCCGCCAAUGCGCCAUUGGAAAACAACAACCGAACAUUUUGCUCCAAUACCACUUUGCAAGGAUGGUUUCUUACGCCCGUACCAACUUUCGAUUGUCGUUGACAGUACCGCCAGAUCACCUGAGAAAGAUUUUCGCUUGGUACUGAAUCAUGUUGCUAACUUUUUGAAAAUGCGAUUUUUGCCAGAAAGCAAACUUAUGCAAUUGAAUUUGGUGAGCGUUGACAGCGAUGUGAUAUGUUCACUUCUAUUAGCAGUUUAUAUAAAAUUUUGCAGAAAUGAUGAAAUUUCUCCCAAACUUGGCCGAGGUAUUAAAGAAGCGAUAUUACUGGCUAAAGAGCAUGCUGUAAAAGGUGUCAUUCAGAUCAUUUUGAUCAUUAGUGCAGAUGGUACAAGCAGCGAUGAUGCGAUACAAUCAGCAGAAUAUGCAAGAAAUCAGUACGGACAUGGCGUUGUUGCAAUUUCCGUAAGAGCUCCGUUUAGCGAACUCCUAAAGGAAUUAUCAUUGGGAAGUUCUACUAAGGUGAUUCAUUUCCCAGAUUGGUCGAUUGGAAAUGAAUUAUUUCAAAGUUGGAUUGCUCAUGCUUUUUGCAGUUAUGUUUCUGUGCCAGUAACGAGAAAAGCUAAAUUACCGCGCAUGACUCGACCACCAAUUCGAAAGACAAAAAUAUCAAUGAAUGACGCAACUAAUGUUGAAGUAACACCAUUAAGUCCGAAUUCUCUACUUGUUUCAUGGACUUGUUGUACAAAUAAUAAAGCAGAUUAUAUUAUCUCGUAUACACCGGAUUUAUCAUUGCCAAUAGAAUAUUGGCAAAAAUUGAAUGCAACCUGUCGUGAUAGCUUUGGACGAAAAAUUGAUGGUUUACCAUCUGAUAACACUUAUACUGUUUGUGUUGAAACAUUACAACGAUUCGCUAACAAAUCUGCUCCACUUAAUUUGAAUGAAUGUGAAACUGUACAAUUGAACAGUGAUACUACGGCAUCACCAAAUCAAAAAAUAUCGAUUAAUCAAUCAAUAUCACAAUGUCAAUGUAUAUGUGCAAAUAAUGGUGAAGCUUUGGUAAAGCCAGCAUGUGGAACAGUGAUAGAUCCGUUCCGUCCAGUAGCUACUCUUCCACCGGCUGCAGAUAAUGAAUGUCCCUGUAGUAUGCCUUCAAAAGGUGGACUAUGUCCCAGUGGAUAUUUCUUAAAUCGUGGACAAUGCUAUGAUGUAAAUGAAUGUCAACAACAGAAUGGCGGCUGUUCACAUGCUUGCGUGAACACUCCCGGAGACUUUUAUUGCGCAUGUCCACAUGGCAUGAUGCGUGAUCCUGUAGAUCCAAAAUUGUGCAUUAAUGUUGCGAGUAGUUUCGAUCGAAUUGCAGCACUAUUAGGUCAAUACCUUCAUGCAAACCGAUUUAAUGCAAGUGUUGCCAGCACUGAAAAAAGUGAUGCACAAAUUGAUGGUAAAAUAGUUAAGUAUAAGGCAACAGUGAAAUCAGAAGAUGAUAAAACGAUCUCAUUUGAAUGGUCAUUGAUGCCAGCAAUUGUGCGGAGGGCAUUCAAGUGGCUCUUUUGA